AUGUCCCAUCUCUCCGCCUACCGAGUGAUUGUUCGAGAGGUGAACAGGGCCUCGAUCUCGCCACGAACUACGAGGAAUCCGGUUGUCGCCUCGAACUUUCGCGCAAUCUUUGAGCAGCGACCCCGAGGCGAGCAGUCGGCCGACUUUGAACAUGACAUACAGGAUGUCAUAACUUUCUUGACUUCACAACGAAUGCACAAGACGCUGUUGGACCGUUACAAUCCCCUGCAUGACCUUACGCCGGAACAAAGAAUUGAGGCUACAGCUCGCCGGGUUGGCCUUAACAUGCCAUCACCUGUCAAAUCUGAUGGCGACAAAGAGUAG